AAAAAAAAUUAAGGACUUCAAAAUGCAAAGAUUAAUUGUGGUUGGAAAUGGAUUUUAGGGGAAAGAGAAAAUGACUUGGACGGAUGAGAUUGAAAUUCACGAGAGCCACCAUUUUAAAGAGAACUCUUUUUUCUUUGUGAAUUCUCCUAAAAUUGGCAGCUAAGGCAAAGUGGGAAAUGAGGAGUGAAAUGGGCCUACCCAUUUUGUCAGUUGUUGGGAGCCCAGCAAAUCGGGGAGAGCUCAUUUGAUUCGAGUUCAACUGGCCCAUUAGGCUAACAAGUAACAACAAAAUCAAACAGCCAACCACACCGUACGCCAUGCCCCGCCAGUUCCCGUUUUGCCUUUUUUUCCUCGCCAUUUUGUCCUUCCUAUCCUCCGUCUUUAAUUCCCUCCGAAAAAUCUAACUGACGUUACAGUUCUUCCUCCGUCCACGCCUGCCGGAGCGCGGUGACUACUGACUAGUGGAUUCUUCGUUUCAGAGAAUGCACAAUCGUCCGUACCUCUCUCUAUUGUAUCCAGCUGAAACUCCGGUUUUUGACCGAAUCUUCAAAUUUGUUUACGCUCUUUUGUUUCCCGCCUACAUGAUCGAGUUGAUUGCUCCGUCGAUGGCUGUUUCACUGAGAUUUCUAGGGUUUUUUUCGGACUGAACCGAUCUUGCCAAAUUCGACGAACGUUGAGCUUGUGCGUUCGAUUUUGGACUGGAAUUGUCGAUUUUCAGUGGAGUGAGUGAGAUUGCCGUCUUAAUUUUGCCUUUCCCGAAGAAAUAUCAUAGUAGUUGACGGAGCUGGAGAAAGGUGUUAAGCUUGGUUAUUUGCCGUUUAUUGAAGUUGAUGUGAGGAACCUUUUGCAGUCAUUCAGAAAUGUUAACCGUGAUAAUAAUGCUGUUGAUCUUCUUUCUUGGUAUGUGUAAGAGAAUGAAGGAUGAAGAUCAUAGCUUCAAGUAUGAGUUCAAGAUAGAUGGGAACAAUAGGUUAGAGCAUAUAGCUUGUUCUUAUCCUUUGUCGAUCCAAUUGAGGCUUUUGGAGAUGCAAUAGUUUUCGAUACUAUUCGCCGGGUUGAGGCAUACAACAUGCUGCUGGGUAUUGGCUUGGUGUAGAUAAUCAUGGCAUGAACUGUUUCUUCAGUUGUGUGCUUUUGCGUGAUGAGAAUGUGCUGUCCUUCCCUUAGUUCUUGAGCUAGCUUUUCCACUAUGAAGGUAAGAAAUGAGGAUAACUUUCUUGAGCUAGCUUUUCCACUAUGCCAGUUGCUUAUGGUUCAUUAUGUUUUUGCAGGCGUUUAGAGGCUUUAUGAAUGAGAAGGCUCCACAGACGAUUUUGACAUACCAGAAUGUGUGGCUGAAGGAAGCUAUUGCAAUCGAGAUGCCAGAGAGCAGACAUGCCUUCUGCAUCUGGCACAUUGUUGCAAAGUCCUCAGGUUGGUUAUAUGUGUUGCUGGGACAGUGUUAUGAUGAAUAGAAAGCUGAAUUAUUAGACUCCUCAACCUUGAAUUUAUUGAAGAUUUUGAAGAAGGAUGGAGGGAAAUGGUCAAUGAGUAUAGUCUUCACACGAAUAAGCACAUUUCAAGCAUACAUGCUCUGCGCAUGUUUUGGGCGUUGCCCUUCUUGAGACGUCACUUCUUUGCUGGAAUGACUAUACCUGCCAGUCUGAGUCGAUCAAUGCGUUUAUUCAACGGUUUCUCAGCGAACAGUAUCAACUUGAUCGCUUUGUAGGGACUAAAGAGGGAUGUGUAUCAUUUCUUAUUCCAUCUCUUCCUGAUGCUUUACUUAAAAAUGACAUAAGCUAAGCCUUUCUAGUGCAGGCAUUUGAUGUUGUCGCUUCUAAUCAUAAGCCAGAGAUGCAACGAAAGGUGCAGAAGGUUUUCCUCAAAAUGGGUUCACCAAUCGAAUCACAUGCAGCUGCUGUUCUUACUCCAUUAUGCUUUCCAGAAACUCCAAGAUGAGCUUGUGCUAGCUCCACAGUAUGCAUCUUUCCCACUAGAUGAGUACUGUUUCCAAGUGAGGCAUCACACUGAAUUGAACGGCGGCUGUAAAGUGAUCUCUGAUCCUUGUCAAGAGCACAUCCGCUGCAGCUGCAAUCAGUUUGAUUUCUCCGGGUUUCUCUGCAGGCAUGUACUACGUGUCCUGUCAUCAAGCAACUGUUUUCACAUACCAGGUCAAUACCUGCCAAAUCGAUGGUGUGUUAAUGCUUUGUCUUCAACAGUGCACUCCGAGAGGAUUCAUUAUCUACAGUCGCUGACCUCAGAACUUGUGGCAGAGUCAAGCGAGAUAGAAGAGUGACUCGAAGUUGCUUGUAAACAGAUUUCGUCAUUAUUAUCUCGCAUCAAGGAGCUUCCUCGUUUUGAUCAUGAAGAAGAGAAUGAUUAUAUUGCUUGGGGAAAGCUGAAGGAGAGAAAAGCUAGAGAUGGGUUUGAACUAACCAGAAAGCGAAGGCAUUGCUCAGGCCCUUGCUGUGGGCAGUUUGGACACGAUGCAUUAGAAUGUCCAAUAAUGGGUGGUGAUCAGCUGAAUGGCGGAGAACUCGGCUGCUUAUAAUGCAGAAUUCUGGAAUUAGAACCUUUGAUUGCACUGGAUGCUCACCUCCUUCUAACUUUAAUGUUUUGGGCACUCCGAUCUAACCAAGUGAGUUUCUGAUUCAAUUAUGUGAAUUUUGAUUAGAAUAGCAGAGAUUUCUUCUUGCUACUUCGUCUUAAAAGGAUGAAUCAAAUUUUCUAAUGUUCGGCCGUGAUGCCUCUCCUUCCAUAGUAAAGUUCUGAAGUGUAACUGAAAUUUUGAUUCUGUAAUAUAUACAUGGCCAUUGAAGUAUGGUAGCAUCCUCAGCUAAAGUACACAUGUUUCAGAUCUUGAAGCUAUUGUCAUUGUACUUCAUAUCAUUAUCUCUUGUUUAUAUACAGGAUGACAGAAAUGUUUGAAAGCCAUACUGCUACAGGAUACCUUAUUCAUCUGCUGAAUCGUCUGCCAAGGAUACCUUGCUUAGCCUACUUGGCAACGUCCUCGCAAUGUUGUUGGCAACUUUUCUACCCUUCACCUUGUGAGUAUGUGAUCGAAAGAGCGCUCUCUGUGCAAGUGCUCUCUCAAAACCAGAGUUUCCUGUGGCUUUUGUGUUAGGCUUUUUGUCUGUUGGAAGACUUGCUUGUUUGUUGCUUGUGCAUGCAGCCUCCUGAUCUCCAGCAUUGCCCUUGUCAGCAGAAGACAUUUUCUGCCGAAACCACAGACAGAGUGAACUGAAGGUUAUCAGGAUUGCUGAUAAAAAGGUACUGCUCACUCUCUUGAGAUUUAUAGGGUUAUGAGAAUGGUUGUUAUGAAGCCACAAGAAUAGGGUACCACAAGGGGAUAUAUGUUGGCCACAAGUGGGGGAUUUUAGAUGGACAGGAUAGCCGUACUUCUGGGGUGCUUAGAGAAUCAACGCCCAGUGAAAAUUCUUACUUGAUAGAAUAAGUUUUCCUUAUCUUGAGUGUUAAGCAAUCGAAAGAUGCAGCUAGGGAAUUAUCUACCCAAGUGUUCUUGAACAAGUUUGAAACUUUUUCCUAGGAUGCCAAAGUUCAUCUAUAUCUUAAUUUUCUUAAGAACUUCAUUUUCUACAGUUUGCAUAACUGUUAAACCACCAUGGAAGGAACCAAAGCAUAAAGUGAGUAGCUGAAUGUGACUAGCACAAUCUUUCUCCCUUUUUCUGUAGAUUUUGUGCAAAAGGGCCAUAGCAUGAAGGACAGGUGCCUGCAAACAGACACACACACUCAGGUCAACCCUUACCCAUAUGUUUAUGCGCAGUUGUAAAAGCCUCCUAGAUUUUUGUACUUCUCAAGGUUCUGAUUGGUUACAAACCUAAUUUGGACAGAAGGGUAGAACACUAAGAACAGGAAGGGAGCCAUGGGGUUCAAAGUUCAAACCCAGCUCAACCCUUCUGUGUUACUCUUUCACUAGGGGUUGACAACGAUUCGGUUCACAUAGGAAUGGGUUGGGUUAAAUUGAUGUUUCGGUUUCUGAUCUUUGAUUUGGUUAUAGUACAGACCCGACCUCCUGGCCAGUCUAGACCAGGCCUAUCUUACCUCCGACCUUUUGAGUCUAAGAAAACUGGGUAAUCCUU